AUGCUUAAGCAUCUUUAUGAUACAGAUUGCGUAACUUGGUCUCCACAAGGAAAAUUGUUUCAAGUGGAAUAUGCUAUGGAGGCAGUCAAAUAGGGAAGUAUUUGUUUAGGCCUCAAAUCAAAUGAUUUUGUUGUAUUAUGCAGUCUGAAACGAUAACCAUCUGAAUUAGCUGGUUAUUAAGAAAAGUAAUUCAAAAUUGAUGAUCACAUGGCAAUUGCAAUAGCUGGCUUAACUGCUGAUGCUCGGGUACUCUGUAAAUAUAUGAGAACAGAAUGUUUAGAAUAUAAAUAUACAUAUGAAUCUCAUCAUCCAGUUGGAAGACUAGUAUUCAAAGUGGCAGAAAAGUCACAACAUAAAACAUAGAGUGGAGCCAAAAGACCCUAUGGAGUAGGAUUAUUAGUUGCAGGCAUCGAUCCAAAUGGUGUACAUUUGUUUGAGACUUGCCCAUCAGGAAACUAUUAUGAAUAUAAGUGUCAAGCAAUAGGUUCAAGAUCAUAGGCAGCCAGAACUUAUUUUGAAAGUUGGUUCCAUCUAUUCGAGAAAAGCACUUUAGAAUAGCUAAUUCUACAUGGCUUGAGUGCUCUUAAGAAGGCAAUCAUGGAAGACGAAGAAUUAAAUGAAAAAAAUGUAGAAGUGGGAAUUCUAGGGAAAAAUCAGAAAUUCAUUCAUCUUAAUGCAUAAGAAUUAAAAGACUAUAUAGUAAAAUUAGAAACAUUCAAUGCAAACACUUAAAUUCAGCAAGAGUGAUGGUUAAAUAUUAAUAAUAUUGGAUAUAUUUAUAUAGAAACACUUGAGGUCCAA